AUGGAUACGAAUAAAAAACUCUCUCAGCAAUUUCUUGAUUGCCUAACGGUUGAAAGGACCGAAGAUAAUGAGCAAACUGCCGAGUUACUCGCCUCCAACUCUCCGAAACAGUUAUCAAAAAGUGGAUUGGCGGUACUUGGGUUAGAUAUUACUAAUGUACGUACUAGUAUUGGAGGAAGUUUGAUUAUGGAACUUGUUUCUGCACAGAAUAGUAAAUCAAGAAAGCCAAAAAAUAAGAGAUUAUCCAAAUCAAAAGAGGAGAGUACAGAUUUUAAUGGCAUUGACACAGGUGAUAUCAAAACGGGGGACAUUGUGAAAGUCGAUAGUUACUCCCAGUCAGAGGAGAAACAUCAGAAAUCCAAAAGAAAGUUAAAACAUUCUUCAAAAAAGAUCGAUCAAGAAGAAUUCAAAGAGGAAAACUUGGACGUGGAAGGUGUGAUAAUUUCUGUUUCCGAAAAGAAAAUCAACGUGGCUGUUAAUAUCGACCACACAACAAACAGAGGUGCACAAUUAGAGGAGAAGAUAUAUCAAUUGUAUGGUAGUGGCUGCAGAAUUUGGAUAGUGAAACUUAGUAAUGAAAUUACUUAUAAUAGAAUGGAAUCUACUAUGCGUAAACUUUCAGAGAUGUCACUCUCGCAAGAAACACAAAUCAUGCAAUUGCUUCUGGGGGAGUCCCAGUUCUCUCCUGUUAAAUCUUUUAAAAUAGACCAUUACUAUAAUUCUGACCUCAACUCCUCUCAGAAGAAGGCAAUUGAGUUCAGUAUGUCAAAUAAUUUAAGCAUUAUUCAUGGACCUCCAGGCACCGGAAAGACAAGCACAAUUGUUGAAUUAGUUAAACAGCUUAUAACAUUUAAGAGGUCAUCAACUGCCCGCUCUUUUUCUGGGAGAAAAGCUAGUCGGAUACUAAUUUGUGGUCCAUCCAACAUAUCUGUUGACACAAUUCUCGAAAGGUUGUCUGAUUUUAUAUCCAAUAAUGGUGGCUAUGAUAAACUUGUUAGAAUUGGUCAUCCAGCCAGAAUUUUGCCACAGAUUUUAAAGCAUUCUUUGGAUAUGAUAGUUGAAAAAAAUUCUCAUGAAGUCAUUAGGGGAAUAAUGGAGGAUAUGGAUUCAUUGACCAAAAAGUUAAGAAAGGUAAAACAUUACAAAGACAGAAGAGAAUUAUAUCAGGAAAUGAAAGAUUUGAAGAGAGAUCUUCGUUCAAGUACGAGAAAGGGAUUUAGUGACUCUAUCCUAAAUGCUGAAGUUGUCGUUGCUACGUUACAUGGCUCGUCAUCUCAACAAUUGGUGAAUUGUAUCAGAGAGAAUGGCGACUUGUUUGAUACAUUAAUUAUUGAUGAAGUUUCGCAGUCCUUGGAGCCAUCAUGCUGGAUACCGUUGAUAUAUCAUAAAUCAAUAAAGAAGAUUAUUAUUGCUGGUGAUAACAAGCAACUUUCACCAACUAUUAAAACGAAAAAGAAUAAGAAGGUUGCUAAACUUUUAGCUACGACAAUGUUCGAUCGUUUAUUAAAGGUUCAGAAAAGGCCGGAAAACUUCGUUUGCUUUCUUAAUGUUCAAUAUCGUAUGAAUGAAAAAAUUAUGAAGUUUCCAAGUGAAUCUCUUUACAAUAAACGAUUGGUUGCGGAUUCCUCUGUAAAGGAUGGAAUCGUGAAAGAUUUGUUAAAUGAUAGACAAGCUGCUGGCGGCAGUGGUGAAAAUCCCAACGAUAAUGAUGAUGAGGAUGAUAUCAAGGAGCCAAUAAUAUGGUAUGAUACUGAGGGGGGAAGCUUCCCAGAAAUGAGUAGUAAUUUUGAUGGUUCUAUCACUCCUUCAAGGUAUAAUGAUGGUGAAUGCUUGGUAGUUUUAAAGCAUGUCAAAAGUCUCCUAUCCAGAGGAGUUCAUCAGGAUGAAAUUGGAAUUAUCACACCGUAUAGCGCACAAGUUACGAAACUAAGGCAAUUGUUUCGAUCUGGAACAUUGAAUUUUGCUGAUGAUGAUGAUAGUGAUAAUGAGAAGAAAUAUAUUGAUGAGCAAAGUUUGUUAGACAAAAUAGAAAUAAGCACAGUAGAUGGAUUUCAGGGACGCGAGAAGGAAAUAAUAAUUUUAUCCUUAGUGAGAUCAAAUGAAAAACAUAAUGUGGGAUUUCUAUCCGAUGAGAAAAGAUUAAACGUCUCGAUUACGAGAUGCAAGAAACAGCUAUGUGUAGUGGGUGAUUUUGAUACAAUUGGGGGCAGUAAAAUACCAUUCCUAAAGAAAUGGUGUGAUUGGUGUGAGAACAACAAUGUUGAUAUUAGGUACGUUGAUGACGCCGAAAUAUACUGA